CUGCAGUUUCAUGUUUAUUGUUUAGAAAUUUAGGUGAGCUUUGAGAAAGCGAUUAGUAUAAGAUAUAAUUUGUAGAGAAAUCAUUAUGGCAUCUUCGAAGAGUGAGCUGUCUGAUGCAGAAAAAGAGCUUUUCAAAUAUACCCAAGAACGUAAUUAUGAGGAAGUUAAGCGACUGUUAACUACGGAAAACGUAUCUGUUGAUUGUGUUGAUGAUGAUGGUAUGACACCGCUUCAACAUGCCGCAUACAAAGGGGAUUAUAAACUUUGUAAACUGUUACUAGAUUGUGGUGCCGAUGUGAAUCUAAGUCGUCACAUUUCAAAGUAUAGCGCUCUUACAUUUGCUGGUUUGUCUGGUAAAGUGGAUGUAGUAAGCUUAUUGCUUGAACAUGGUGCUUCCACGACUAGUGUGAAUUCGAUUAAUAAAACGGCUGCGCAGAUGGCAGCUUUUGUAGGAAACCAUCAUGUUGUCAGCACUAUUAAUAAUUUUAUUCCUAUUGAAGAAAUUGAUUACUUCACGAAGCCUCGUGGUUUGGAAAAAGAACCGAAACUUCCUUCAUCUUUGUGUAAUCCGCUUCAUAAGAUGGUAAUUAUGACAAAUAUUAAUCCUGUGCGUUUAGCAUUCUAUAUUCAACAGAAUUUAGAUCUCUUGAGAAAUAUUAAAAAAGUCAAUCGGGUUCUGGAAAUACUGUCUGAAAAGCAAUUAAAGGAAGAAGGUAAUGAAUUGUUAUCUCUCAAAUUCCAUCACCUAGCAUUUAUCUUAAAUGCGUGUAAAUCCUAUUUAAAUGUAGACAUUGGGGCGGCUUCAUGCAGAGAAAUUUUAUUUCCUUUAAUAAAAUGCUGGAUUAAAGGCGAUGAAAAUGGUUUUCCUGUUGUUUUGGAAAAGUUACUUCGACAAGAUGUUCGAGAAUAUCCUUAUCAUGAUUGUAGUUUGUUUCAACAGCUUGUACGUUCCCUUGCACCCGUAAAAAUUGGCGAUGAACCUAGUGCUAUAUCUAUUUUGAGUGAAGCUGUUAAUGGGCAACGGGGCAUAGAUAAUACUGUUUCCUGCUCUACUUGUGGAGAACCUGAUGCUGAGAAAAAGUGUUCUGCAUGUAAAUCUGUUACUUAUUGUGGUAAAACUUGCCAGAAGUUGCAUUGGUUUACGCAUAAAAUGAUAUGUCCAAAGCUUGCUGAAAUGCAGGUAAAGAAAGAAGCAGAGUUAGCUGCAGCUAAGGCAGAGCAACAGAGUUCUGAAUCAGAAGUAGUGGAAGAAAAAAAAAAAUGAUCUUCCAUUUGAGGAUGGGAGUUGUGCUAAAACUAAGAAUUGAUGGUAAUUAUUUUAGUUUAGUCAGUUGCAAUAACAUAAAAUUUUUAUUUUCAGAAAUUGUUUAUGGAAUUGGAAUAUUAGAGAAGUUUACAUUUGCAAAUAAUUUUGUUCACAAAAUGUAUUUAAUUAAACAAUUAAAAUUCAUAUAUUUAUCCACUUGAUCUUUUAAGAUGUAUACCUGUUAUUCAGUUUAUGAACUGAACUUCUUUUGAUUCCAACUGUUAACUUAUUUUCAUAUCUAAACUUACUUGUAGAAUGAAUUCUUAAACUCUGUAUGCAUUUGUUUUUAAAGUUAAUAAAUACAAAAUAGUUUUCUUUUUAUUCACUGAAGUAAAAGUUUUUAAUCAGGAAUCAUUUUGUGCAUAGUCCCUUGUCAUAAAUAAAUAUUUAGAAUGUCUAGUGCUAAUCAUCUAUUCAUUUAAAUAUCCUUAUUUAUUCAUUAAAAUAUGUUUCUGUGUGACUAUAUAAUAACGUUAUGUGCUUAAAAAUACUUUUGACAUGUGUGCUUUGUUAAACAUUAUUUAUGUAUGUCCGGAAGAAUAAAUAAAGUGAAAUUAUAUUAGA